UCCACGUGGCAGAAGGGAUGAGAACUUUCUAGAAGAUCGAGACACACUUGGACAAGUGGCGAAAGAAACUUCUCAUAAGCUUGAGAUUUUCCACUCUCUCUCUAGAAGUUUCUUCUCUCCACUGCCUUAAACCCACUCCACUCUCUCUCCUAGUUCUCUUUCUACUUAUAGCAAAAAAAUAUCUCAGAAAAUCUCCAAAAUCGUUACAUCAAUUUCACCAAAACAAAAGAACAAUACCAAAGCUCGAACCUUUACUAGACAGUAGCCAGCCAUGGAAGGAGUGAUGGUUAAGGAGGAAGAAACGACGACGUUUAUCGCCGCUGGUUCAUCGUCUUCUUCGUCUUCAAACCAGUCGCCGCAACCUAUGGAGGGCUUACACGACGUGGGUCCGCCUCCAUUUCUGACGAAGAUUUUCGAAAUGGUGGAAGACCCAUCUACGGACGCCAUUGUUUCGUGGAGCAUAGCUCGAAACAGCUUCGUCGUUUGGGAUUCUCACAAGUUCUCGACUCUUCUUCUUCCUCGUUACUUCAAGCACGGUAACUUCUCCAGCUUCAUUCGUCAGCUCAACACUUACGGGUUUCGAAAGGUCGAUCCUGAUCGAUGGGAGUUCGCGAACGAAGGGUUUUUGGGUGGACAGAAGCACCUUCUGAAAACGAUCAAACGAAGAAGACACGUUUCUCAGAGCAUUCCGCACCAGUUCGGAGCUUGCGGAAUCGAAGUGGGUCAGUUCGGGAUCGAAACGGAGCUGGAGAGACUGAAGCGAGACAGAGCGGUGUUAAUGGCGGAGAUAGUCAAGCUGAAGCAACAACAACACGAUUCUGUAAUGAAAGUCACCGCAAUGGAAGAUCGAUUACUCUUGACUGAGAGAAAACAACAGCAGAUGUUGACUUUUCUGGCGAAAGCUAUGAACAACCCAACUUUCAUCCAACAAUUCGCUCAGAGAAACAAGCUUCGCGGCGGCGCCGGCGUGCGGAAGAGGAGACUCCCCGCCGCCACCGCGGUGGAUUUGGAGAUGGAGACGCUGUUGUCGGCCGCCAUGGAUGAACAGUCGAGCUCCAGCGGUGGGAACAGGUUGGAUGGUGUUGGUGAAGGAAUAUGGGAUGAGAUGCUGAGUGAGGAGCUGAUGUUGAGUGGGAAUGAGCCGGACGAAGAUGGUGGGGUUUUGGGGUUCGGAGAUGAGUCGGCGGUGGUGGUGGAUGAUUUGAUUGCAGAGCCGGAGGAGUGGGGAGAAGAAGAGUUGCAGGAGUUGGUUGAUCAAAUGGGUUAUCUAAGGCGAGUUCGCCAUCACAGAUUUUGAUUGAAGAGGAGUGAAGCUUCAUCAUGAUGUUAUAUCUUCUUUUUUUUUUUUUAUGUAAAUAUAUCAUAAUUAAUUCAUAUGUAUAUAUACUACUCAAUAAAGUUGUUAAUUUAAAUAAAUUAUUAAUGAAUAAACAUUUUAGUA